AUGAGUUCAGCUGAAGAAACUGAAAAUAUUAAAACAUUAUUUCAUUACCAGUAUUCGUUUGUAAUUUCAAAGAUCAUAUUUAGUGCAAGUCAGCUGGGUGUCUUUGAUUUGCUGAGGGAGUCGGGGGAACUGCUAUCAUCUGUGACUGUGGCUGAGCGCUUGAACACCAGUCUCAUUGGGAUGCAGACACUGCUGAGGGCCUGUGUGGGGUUAAAGGUUCUGAAAGUGGAAUGGAAGGAUGGCAAAGACCUUUAUGGGAACACAGAGUUUGCUGAUCUCUUUCUGGCUAAAUCAAGUCCAAAGUCUCAGUAUUAUUCCAUGAAGUUCUGUUCGGAAUUCACAUAUUCGUCAUUGCAAUACUUGCCUGAAAUUGUGAGAUCAAAUGAAGGUGCCGAAAGCCUUUUUAGGUACACGAAUGAAAGUUGGACUCUGUAUGGAAAAGAAGUUGUAUCUUCAUUUGAUCUUUCUGGUUUUCAGCUCAUUUAUAAUCUAGAUGGAAACAAUGUUUGCUUAGCCAAGGAAUUAAUUUCAAAGUACCCAAAUUGUACUGUGAAACUUUGUGACCUUCCUGAAAUUGUGGAAAAAUCAAAAAAAUAUAGUUUAUUUUCAGAUGGUUCCCGGAUCUCUUUCCAUGAAGGGGAUUGUUUUAAAGAUCCAAUUCCUGAAGCAGAUCUAUACAUAUUAUCAAAAGUCAUGUAUAAUUGGAGUGAUGAAAAGUGCAUCCAGCUGCUAACAAAAUUAUUUAUGGCCUGUAAGCCAGGUGGUGGAGUUUUACUGGUGGAACCAACUGUUGAUGAAGACAUAUCGGAGUCUCUUCCUGCUCAUUUGUACUGCAUUGUAAUGUUGCUUUACUCUGAAGGAAAAACACGGAAAGCAUCGGAGCAUCAUACGCUCUUCAACACAGCUGGCUUUAAAGAUGUUCAGUUCAAAAAAGGAUAUGUCUUUGAUGUCAUUUUGGCCAUAAAAUAA